GGCCGGCCGCCCUCAGGACCCGUCAUGGCCCCUCAGCGGGGCCUGAGGCAGUUGUUGUUGCUGCUAAUGGCGGCCUUCUGCCCCCUUGGCUGGACCCUUUUCUCCAGACGGUUCAGGGCGUUUCCGGCCCCUCUGGCCUCGGGCCCGAGCGAGCAAUGGUUCCAGCAGAGGCUGGACCACUUUAACGGGGCGGAGGGCCGAGUCUGGGACCAGCAAUAUUUCAUUAAUGAUACAUUCUAUAAAACCGGCGGCCCAGUGUUCUUGAUGAUUGGAGGAGAGGGCCCUGCCAAUCCAGCCUGGAUGCAACAUGGUACCUGGCUAACGUAUGCUGAAAAACUGGGAGCUCUGUGCCUGUUGCUGGAACACCGGUUUUAUGGUAAAAGCCAUCCCACCAAGGAUCUGAGCACUUCCAACCUCCACUACCUCAGCAGCCGGCAAGCUUUGGCCGACCUCGCCCACUUCCGAACCGUGAUGGCAGAGAAGCUAGGACUGGGCAAUAACAAGUGGGUUGCCUUUGGAGGUUCUUAUCCAGGAUCUCUCGCGGCGUGGUUUCGACUGAAAUAUCCUCAUUUGGUUGAUGUCGCAGUAGCCACCAGCGCACCCAUGUACGCUGUGAUGAACUUUCCCGAGUAUCUGGAAAUAGUUCAGAAAUCCCUGAGGACGUUUAGAAGAGAAUGCCCAGAAAUCGUAAGAGAGGCAUCAGACACCGUGGUGGAAAUGCUGAAGUACCAGGCAAACUACCUUAAGAUCACAAAAGAUUUCAAAUUAUGUGAACAGCUUCAGAUAAACUCAAACAUGGACUCUGCAUAUUUCCUUGAAAGUCUGGCUAGUAAUUUCAUGGAUGUGGUUCAGUACAAUGAAGAUAACAGAGCUUUUGAGGGAGUGAAGGGGACAAAUAUCACUAUCAACGUGCUGUGUGACAUUAUGUCCGAUAUUUCACUUGGGACACCAUACGACAGAUAUGCAACAGUUGUUCGUCUGUUGCUGAACGCUUUUGAAAUGACAUGUCUGGAUGCGAGCUACAGUAAUUAUGUGCAGGAAAUGACUAACUUUUCCUGGGAUGGGCCAGCUGCAACAGGAGGCAGGCAGUGGGUGUAUCAGACUUGCACCGAAUUUGGCUUCUUCCAGAGCACCGAUUCCAAAAAACAGCCCUUCUCUGGAUUCCCUUUGCGUUAUCAUCUUCAGCAGUGCUCAGAUUUGUAUGGCCAAGAAUUCAACAGCACUCUAAUUGCCAAUGCCAUUCGGGACACCAAUGAGAAUUACGGAGGCUUUAAUAUCACGGGCAGCCGGAUAGUCUUUCCAAAUGGCUCAAUUGAUCCAUGGAGUGCAUUAGGAGUCAUCAGUGACAUCAGUGAAGACUUACUAGCCACUUUCGUCAAAGGUACAGCCCAUUGUGCGACUAUGUACCCUGAACGAACCGAAGAUUCAGUUGAGCUCGUAAACGCACGAGUGCGCGUGUUCAGGUUGCUGCAGAAGUGGCUUAAACAAUAAAUCGCCUAGAAAUACACUGUUGAAGAAAUGCAAUGAUUAUCCUUCCCUCUCAUUGCUUAAAGUCAAAGCCCGCUGAAAGGAGGAAGCCAAGUGAGCCAGCAGAAAAGCAUGGAUGGACAAAAUUUUAUCAGUCAAUAUCUAAGUUAGUUUUGACUUUAUGAGUUUAGAAGAAAUCUCAUGUGGAUUUUUUUUCCAAAUAAAAAAAGCUCAGUGGCCAGUACCCCUGGGCCUCAGCUGUCAAUCAUGCAUACUACAGGAAGCUGGCACAAGGAAGUAAAGCCAUGAGCAGGAUAACAAGCCCAAACAGAUGGUUUCGAAAUGAACCUGGUUCAGUUCAAACAACUAUGGUGGUUAUCAAAACCACUGUUCAUUGGAUUGAAUCAAGGCCCUAAAUGUUUAGCAGCAGGCGGGAUCCACUCAGGAUGCCUUUUAUUUUGUGCUGCGCCAUUUAGUUCCUCUGCUUUAAGCAUAGUAUCUCAUAGAGAAUGCACACUGCAGUUUACUUAUAUUUUUUUAUCCUGAAUAUAAAAUUUAAAAAAGCCCUAGAAAUUGUAUAGCUAGCAUAAUGAUUUAUACUAGGGACGUUUUCAAUCACUGUUCUAUUUAUGCAUCCAAUAAAUGCUGUUGAAUGAA